AGUUCGGGUGGGCUGUGCCAAAAAAAAAAAGAAAAAAGUCUAAAGAAAGACGAGUGUCACCUUACUAUCUCUCUCUCUCUCUCUCUUCUUCUUUCUUUUUCUUUUUUUUUGUUUAUUUCCACCACAAAACCUGCCGUGUACUUGAACUCAUGUCGUUCAUAGGGCCCACUCCUCUUCAACAAAAGAAACAAGAGGAACAGAACAUUCAAAAAGUACGAGCACUACUUCGUUUGCCGGCGAACAAAAAGUGUUUUGACUGUCCCACCAAGAGUCCUUUUUUUGUCAAUGUGAGCAUACAGACGUUUGUAUGCAGCCGAUGCUCAGGCCUUGUCCGUGAAGUAGGGCAUCGCGUCAAGUCGAUCUCAGCGAGCACCUUUUCUGGUCAAGAGGUAGUGGCGUUGCAACAAGGAGGCAAUGAGGUUGCGAAAUCCAUCUGGUUAAGUAGUUAUCGCAUGGAUAAUGUUGAACCUGAGACGGACAAUGAUGUCAGAGCCUUCAUCCGCCAAAAGUAUUACGAGCACAAGUGGCUAGACCGCGAUCUAUUGCAGUCGCAGACGGACAAGGUGCAGGCGAUCGUGAAAGAAAUGUUUACGGACGAAGGUUUUCGACGUAGAGGGGCCAAAACACCACCCAUUCCCAGUGUGUCUGGGGCCCCGACGCCUUUGCCAAAACCGACCCGGCCUGCUUCGUUACAACUGACGCGCUCAGCAUGGAAACCAGAGAUCACUUCACCCGCUGUUGAGGAUGAUCCAGUCGCUCGUCGUCAGCCAAUGUCGGCACGUGAACCAAGUGGCUCGUCACCAGUGCCAUCAGGAGGCUUUGCUUUGCCACCUUCAUCCGUCCCUGUUACACCAUUGAAGCUCGAUCAUACUCCGCGGCGUAUCUCGCAACCACCGUUACCGUUACCGACACAACCAUACCACCAGACACAGCCACAACAGCAGCAACAGCAGCAGCCACAACUACCACAACAACAACAACAACAGCAACCCACCACGCCAUCCAGCAGCAUAUUCUCAGAGCUUGCAGGAUUGGUUCCUGAAACUUCAAAAUCGGCACGUAGAGCCACGUACACGGGUGGUAUUUUGACACCUUCGACGCCUGGUGCACCAAGUCCGACUGCUUUACAGUUUUCCUCAAUGUUUCAGACGUCAACAACAACAAAUACACAACAACAGAACGAACCAUUCAAAUUCACUUUUACACAACAACAGCAGCAGCAGAAGAAAUCUGUCACAGAAGCUAUUACCACUACCACUACCACUACAAGUAAACCAGAAGAUGACCCUUAUGCCGCAUUACGCGGUCUUACAAUCAGUUCUCCUGAGCCACCUAAACAGCAGGAGCCAGAUAUACCCAAUUUUCAUGAGCGCCAAGACUCGGAUGAAAUAUCGUGGACCGGUGAGUGUGGAGAGCAACCCCCCCCAUCAUCAAGAAACAUUUUACAAGAAAAAAAAAAAAGACUCAUAUCUAUAAUCUUGGACAGAAUUUUCCACAUCCACGGGUGAUGCCGAUUUUGGCGAUUUUGCUUCUUCUUCUUCAACUUUCUCUGUCCCACAACAACAAGCACAACAACAACAGCCAUCACCUGCUAAUGAACUGAAAAACACAAAUAUUUUUGGUGACCUUGAUCCGAUUGCCCAAUUCAAGCGUUCGUCUUAUCGAGUUUGAAAAACCAGGGUUUUUUGAAAAUUAAAACUGUUUUAUAUAUGGAUUAUACAAAAAGUUCUUGGAGAUUGAUUCGACGUUGGAUGAUGGUGGCAAUGAUGAUGAUGAUGAUGAUGAUGUUAUGAGGAUAGUUUUAAAUGCUACUCGUUAAUGAUACAUAGUCCGGAGUGG